AUGCUGCUAACGCCAAAUCAAUGCUGGAUCACCUCCAAUUAUCAAGAGCUUCGUUUGUACCUCCAUUACCUACGGAUCUUUAUCUGUCUUGUGGCCACAAGCGUGAUAUAUCUCGCCAUCGUCCUUCAUCUCUUGACUCACCGCAAGCCCAUCGCUUCAAGCUGUCAACAAACAUCGCCCGGUACCCAGUAUGCCACACAAGAGCAGAAGCUUCGCGAGAUAAGCAGCUUUCUGGCAUACCCGUUAAUCUACAUUCUCUGUACCGUGUCAAUCGCUACAUCCAGAAUCGGAUCCAUGGUCAAACAUGAGCCCCCGGUCCUCUUCUACACCGUGGCAUGCUCUUUGCUGGCUUCAGCAGGAUUACUAGACGUCCUCCUGUACUCUUUCACUCGGAAAACCAUUGUCUUCUCUGGUCAGAAACCACCCACUCAAGACACAGGGCUGGAAACCUUUGGAUUCAUGGCAAGCUCUCUUCGCACACCACAUGGAAGAGCUUUCGGAAAUAUGGUGUUUAUCGAGGGUGAAACCCAAACCCACAGCGGCUCGGGCAUCAGGCGACUCUGGGGAUGGGUUUGUAAUUUGUGGAGGACAGUGUUUCCAAAGCGUUCCGAAAGAGCUUGGAGGGGCAGGCUUGCGAGCGUGGAAGUUCCUUUUGGGCCGAGGACUGAACGCGGGCAGGCGGAUUGGGACAGCUCGUGGAUGAGCUUGGGUGUGGACGCCUCCGAGGUCGCGUGGAAGAGCCCCCGCGCGCUGAAAGUAGAGAUCGGAUGUGAGACGACAACGCGCGUCCACACGCAAUAUCAAGGGUGA